AUGGCAGCGACAGCGGUGCUCCGAUCGUCGGAUCUGCUUACGACCAUUGUCGGCUAUCAAGAAGGACUGCCGGAAGCGCUCGCCGAAGUCCAGUGGAUCGCAGAUGCCAUCGAUCUCACGCCCAGCGUCGCCAGCUACCGCAUGAUACCGACAACGGGGCAUCUCUCCAACCUCCCGAUGCGAUUUGCAGCACUGCCGUACCUCCAGCGGUACUCCGCCACGACCAAUCUCUCCAACCAUGCGCUCUUUGUGUCGCCGAUCAAGGUCGAUCCGGCCUUGGCGCUGCACCUCUGCGUCGUCGAAGGCAAUAUGGCGAUCAUCGAGCAGUGGCUUCGACACAAGCCAGCGCUCGUCACAUCAGGCACGCUCGAGCUCGCGGCGGCGUCGUCCCAAAGUGCGAUUCUGCGACUGCUUCUUGCGCGGUAUCCCGAGCUUGUGACGGCCAAGAUGAUGGACCUUGUGGCCAUGGCGGGCGACCUCUCACUCUUGCAUUCGCUGCACGAGGCCGGCGCGAUCUGCACCACCGACGCGAUGGACGGUGCAGCCAUGAACGGGCACUUGGACGUCGUCGUCUUUCUACAUGAAGCGAGAUACGAAGGCUGCACGAUCGUUGCGCCCACGGCCGCUGUCGCCAACGGCCACGCACCCAUUUUUCGCUAUCUCCUCGAACACUGCGUCGGACGGGUGGCACCGUCGCUCUUCUACCGGGUGCCAUACGUCGAGAUCAAGACACACAACGUUGUUGGCACGUCACACUUGGAGGCAAUCGUCCUCGCAUCGUCCAAAACGCUUCUUUCCGAGUCAGCGCUACUGCCUGUGGUACGUUCGCUGGCCGCUCUCGAGACGUUUCGUGACCCGGCCAUGAUCCGCUUUGUCCUCGACCACACCGCGCUCGAAGCUGCGCCGCCCCAGGACGCCAUGUCUGCGACGACCGACGCGUGGUUUGUCUUCCCAGCUCUCGACGCGGCCGCAACGACGCACCCGGCACUGCACGACGACGGUGCCACGAUGGCCGUCGCCGCCUUCUACGGUGAUCUCGACACGAUGCAGCGCCUGCACGGAAGCCAUUUGGGCCAUGUGACGGUCCAGGCGCUUGAGUACGCGGCCUUGAACGGCCAUCUGCAUGUUCUCCACUGGCUGUCUCGCUUCCAAAACGAUGGCGUCAUGAGCGAAGCACUUGCGUGGGCGUGUGUGCAUGGCCAUCUCGAUGUCGCGCGGUAUCUUUGCGAGGUGUGGCACGUGCCAGUGUCACAGACAGCACUGGCCACGGCCGCCCACACGGGCCAUCGCCGCCUCGUCCGGUACCUCCUCUUGGGCGGCAAUGGCCACGUUGAAGAGGAUGAGGCAGACGAGUCUACGUACGACACGAACGAAUGCAUCUACGACCAUCUGCUGGGCUGUUUCCGGAGCACCUUCGUUCGCACGCGUCCAGUCGACGCCGCUGCGAGCCAAGGCCAUCUGGCGAUCCUGGAGCUGCUCAUUGACCAGGGUGCUGAGGUGACGACGACGACGAUGGACGCUGCGGUCGCGCAUGGGCAUGCUGAUAUUGUGCGCUUCCUUGUCGCCGAGCAUGGUCGAGGCUGCACGGUGCAUCACCUCUGCACGGCGAGCUCGCAACGCCGCAUGGAUCUGGCAUCGUAUCUGCUGUCGCACAUGCAGAUUGAAGCCGACGACGACGACCUGCAGCGGCUCUUUGUGUGCGCCGCGAGGAGCGGAAGUCUCGCGUUCCUCGGUCAGCUGCGCACCGUCGUUUCCGUCGACGCUCGGCCGCGGACGCAAGAGCUCAUGCUCGUGCACGCCGUGCUGCAACGGCAGGUGCACAUGCUGAUGCACUUGUGCGAAGUCGACGGCUUCAAAUGGACGCCAAACGUCCAUGACGUCGCGACGCUGCUCGGUCGGAAGAAGGUGCUCAAGUACUUGGAGACGUUGGGGCAGGCCGCCGCCGAGUCGGUGGUCACCUUUGGGCCGAUCGUCGGCAUCAUUGGGUUCGAAACAACACUCGUAUAAGCAAGACCACAUUGUAUUUGGCGCAGCCGACUGUCAGUGAGUUGGAUGAAUUGGCAUUCAUGUAUCAAUG